AUGGAUAGGGGCAUCUGUUAUGGAUCCCAGGGCUACCUGAAAAGGGACUGUUAUGGAUCCCAGGGCUACCUGAAAAGGGACUGUUAUGGAUCGCAGGGCUACCUGAAAAGGGACUGUUAUGGAUCCCAGGGCUACCUGAAAAGAGACUGUUAUGGAUCCCAGGGCUACCUGAAAAGGGACGCUUAUGGAUCCCAGGGCUACCUGAAAAGGGACUGUUAUGGAUCCCAGGGCUACCUGAAGAGGGACUGUUAUGGAUCGCAGGGCUACCUGAAAAGGGACUGUUAUGGAUCCCAGGGCUACCUGAAAAGGGACUGUUAUGGAUCCCAGGGCUACCUGAAAAGGGACUGUUAUGGAUCCCAGGGCUACCUGAAAAGGGACUGUUAUGGAUCCCAGGGCUAUCUAAAAAAGGACUGUUAUGGAUCCCAGGGCUACCUGAAAAGGGACUGUUAUGGAUCCCAGGGCUACCUGAAAAGGGACUGUUAUGGAUCCCAGGGCUAUCUAAAAAAGGACUGUUAUGGAUCCCAGGGCUACCUGAAAAGGGACGCUUAUGGAUCCCAGGGCUACCUGACGAGGGACUGUUUUGGCUUACGGUAA